AUGGUCAUCCCGCCGGCCAUCAUGUUCGCGCCCUUCUACCGGCGCGCGCUGCCCGCCGCGCUCAACUACGGCUCGCUGGGCCACGUCGUGGGUCACGAGAUCACGCACGGCUUCGACCCGGAGCUGAGCCUGUACAACGAGUCCGGCCUGCGCGAGGACUGGUGGUCGGCGCGCUCGCGCGCCAACUUCGAACAGCGCGUCAAGUGCCUGCGCCGCCUCUACAACGAGGCGCCCUGGUCGCGCGGCGUCAACUACGGGGACACGGCGCUGUCCGAGAACUUCGCCGACUGCGGGGGCCUCGACAAGGUAUACAGGUCGUUCAAGUCUCUCGGUCCGCAGCCCUCUCAGCGGCUGGGCGACCGGAACUACACGGCCGACCAGCUGUUCUUCAUCAGCAGCUGCUUCAAGUGGUGCACCGUGGAGGGCGCCAUGCGCGGCCGCUCGCCGAGCGCCGACGAGUCCGAGGCGAUCAAGUUCUACUCGCCCAUGCACAUGCGCUGCAACGUGCCGCUCAUGAACAUGCCCGAGUUUGCGCAGCACUUCGGCUGCAAGCCGGGCACCGUCAUGAAUCCGCGCGCGCGCUGCGAGACAUUCUAG